UCUGAUAUUAUAUGUGAGAGUGAUUACGUUUUCUAACCUAACAGAAUAUUUUCUUUGGAAAUUAAGAAAUAAUUUACUAUUCAAUUUACAAUAAAUAGUUAAAAAAAUAAUUUUUCUUAACUAUAAUGGCUGAAGCAAUGCGUCAAACCGUGGCUGGAAUGUUGAAAGGCAUUGAAAGAUAUAACCCAGAUCAUUUAGCAACUCUUGAAAAAUAUGUUGAAAUACAAUCAAGAGAAAAUGCGUAUGACUUAGAGGCUAAUUUAGCAGUCUUAAAAUUAUAUCAAUUAAAUCCACAUAGAUUUAACAUGGAUAUUACAUGUCAAAUAUUGUUAAAGGCUUUAACCAAUCUUCCUCAUACUGAUUUUGUUCUUUGUAAAUGUCUUCUCAGUGAACGAAUUAUGCAAGAAAGUCCUAUUAAUCAAAUUAUGUAUUUGGCAGACAUUUUAGAACAAUGUAAUUUCCAACAUUUUUGGGAUAGAGUUCUUUCCAUGUCUGAUCUCUGUGAUAGAAUUGUCGGAUUCCAAGAUUCUAUAAGAAAAUUUGUUUGCCAUGUAGUAGGAAUUACAUUUCAGACAAUAGAUAAAAACCUGUUAGCACAACUUCUUGGAGGAGUUGAUGAUAUUACAUUAAAACAUUGGGUAAAAAAAUAUGGAUGGAAAGAAGAAAGCAAAUCCAUUAUUUUUAUCGCUAAUCAAGAUGAAAAUAUUAAGACAAAAAAUAUUACAGAAAAAAUAGAUUUUGAAAAUGUUGCUGGCUUAAUGGCUGCUUGUCUCUAA